AUGGAGAAGUCACAUGAUAUUUUGGAUGAAGAGAGAGGGGUUGUUUUUAUAUCUGACCGUCACAGAGAAAUAAAAGAGGGUAUUGCGAAGGUGUUUUCUUCAAGCUUUCAUGCUUACUGUCUCUAUGAUUUGAAGAGUAACUUGCGUACUUGUUUAGCAUCCACAAAUGUCAAAACCGGUGAAAAUUGUCCGGUUACUAGUUUUCUAGAGAAUUGGACCAAUCCGGACCGUGUACACCCCUAUUGUCUAAUGAGCGCUGGGCGAAUGUUUUUUUUCCCGGGGCAACGUUAUGGAGCAAUGUCCUCUACUCUAACUGAGUGCUUUAACUCAUGGAUAUUGAAAGAGCGUGAAUUGCCCGUGGUGGAUAUGGUUGAUCUUAAAACAUGGAAAGUGAUUCCUUCAAGUGCUGAUAUAUUUGAAGUUGAUACCGAUCCGUCUGUAAAUGUUGAUAUUGGGAGGCGUACAUGCAGUUGUUGUUGGUGGCAGUUGAAUGGAUUUCCUUGUUGUCACGCUGUCUGUGCUAUCAAAUAUAGUGGUAAGGAUUUAAACUUGUACGUAGAGCGUUAUUUUCACAUUGAGAGUUAUCGUGAGGUGUAUUCAAAACCAAUUUAUCCGGUUGCGUCAUUGUGGAAAGGUGAUGUGGUUGAUUGUGGUACUAGUAUUCUGCCACCCUUGUCAAAAAAGCCUCCAGGGAGGCCUAAGAAAAAGAGGAUUCAUUUGAAUGGGGAGAAUAUUAGAGAAAUGACGUGCGGUAGGUGUGGGAAGAUGGGAAAUCAUAACAAACUUACUUGUAAGGCGGAUUUGAGGCCUGAUUUUUAG